AUGAAUUGGCUAACAGAGAUUGAGAAGAUCUUCAAUGUCAUGGAUUGUCCCCUCGCUCAGAAGGUGAAGUUGGCCACCUUCAUGUUGACUGCUGAUGCUCACUUUUGGUGCGAAGGAGCACUUCGAAGGAUGAUUGAUGGACGGGUGCACUUGAAUUGGGACAACUUCAAGAAGGUCUUUCUUGAGAAGUAUUUCCUGGAUGAUGUAAGGAGUCGGAAAGAAAUGAGAUUCCUUGAAAUAAAUCAAGGGAACGAUACAGUGGCAGAAUAUGCUACCAAAUUUGAUGUUUUGGUUCGUUAUUGUACACACUACCAUGGUGAGGGUGGUGAAAGAGCUAAAUGCAUAAAAUUUAUAAAUGGUCUGCAUCCUGAAGUGAAAACUACAAUUAACUAUCAGGAGAUAUAUCACUUUCCCACUCUGGUCAAUAAGUGCAACAUUUAUGAUCGUGACAACCAUGCUCGUGCUGCUUUCUAUAAAGGAGUUAGAGGUCCUAUUUGUGCUAUGAGUUCUAGUACUUCGGGUAGGA